AUGGGCAGGGACGUCGGCGACGGGGAGUUCGAGAUCACGGCCGAUGCGAAGAUACCAGCGCGACUGCUGCUCUCGGCUGUCACGACCGUACGGGCGACUCACGAGCGGGAUGGAUCGAGCCGCCGCGUGACGAGCCUCCUGCGGACCAGGCUGUCGAGCUACUCCCGUCCUAACAAACCCGAUCGACUUUUUCAGGCUUCUUACGACCACCCUUCGAGGACGCUGACGUGCGACGGCUGUGAUCCGGUCAAGCUACAGCCGCGGCGCGUGCACGUGGCUAACGAGCCUAAGAUCCACUACGGGGGCAUCGCCUCGGGCAAUAGCGUGAUGCGAAACGCAAGCAAGCGCGACAAUAUCGCCUAG